CUGCCGAGUGAGGAACGAUUUUUGUAUAUUGACCAUGCUGCCCCCAAACUGGAGUGGUUAGUAGGUCUGGCUGGUAGUCCUUGGCCCUCUAACUACCAGAGGGUCAGCUAGGUCAUGGCACCUCCAAAAAAAAUUUAUAUCUUUGCCAUUUAUGUUGCUGACCUUUCUUGCUUCCCUGCCCAUGUCUCUCUCUAUUUAUCCUUCACUCCCCUGUCACUCUAUCUGCCAUUUUCUAUCUCACACAAACUCACACAGACUCACUGGCCUGUUGUUGCUUUGGAGAAGAAUCACUUCUCCUUGCAUGUCACUGCUAUAGGGUUAAAGGUCUUCAGGACCUUGAGAGCAUCUCUUCCUUCCUUGUAGGUGAGGAGGAUCUUGGAUGGGGCGAUCGCCGUGCUGCGAAAAGGAGGGACUAAAGAAAGGGCCAUGGACACCGGAGGAGGACCAGAAGCUACUGGCCUACAUCGAGGAGAACGGCCACGGGAGCUGGCGAGCAUUGCCUGCGAAAGCCGGACUUCAGAGGUGUGGGAAGAGUUGCAGAUUGAGGUGGACAAAUUAUCUGAGGCCCGAUAUCAAGAGGGGGAAGUUCAGCAUGCAGGAAGAGCAGACCAUCAUUCAACUUCAUGCUCUUCUUGGAAACAGGUGGUCCGCAAUAGCCACCCAUCUACCCAAGCGAACCGACAAUGAGAUCAAGAACUACUGGAACACCCAUCUCAAGAAGCGGCUGGCCAAGAUGGGGAUCGAUCCGGUGACCCACAAGCCUAAGAGCGACGCUCUCAGCUCCGGCGACGGCCAGUCCAAGAGCGCUGCCAACCUCAGCCACAUGGCUCAGUGGGAGAGCGCCCGCCUCGAAGCCGAGGUCCGCCUCGCCCGGGAAUCCAGACUCCGCGGCACCGCACCCUUCCAACAGCAGUCACCCUCUUCCUCUGCCCCUCCGCCGCCAGGCAGCGACUCGGUAGCUCCCCCGGCGCCACCUCUUGAUGUCCUCCGGGCAUGGCAAGGAGUCUGGUCCGGCAAACCUACCACCGGAAACCCCGGCGGAAGGAUCGAUCUCGAGUCGCCAACAUCCACCGUGAGCUUCUCGGACAACGCCCUGCCGAUCACAAGCAGCAGGGUAAUGGAUGCCAAUUCCACAACAUGCCAUCAAGGACCAGCUCGGGAAUUGGAAGAGGAACAAGAUUUGGAGUGGAAGUGCUUGGAGAAGCAGCCACUUCGAAUGCCGGACACCAAAGAUCAUAGGAUGGAUUGUUUUGCUAGCUUUUCGGUGGACACCACGUCGAUCUUCGGUGGGGAGUCCUCCUCGUGGCUCCCGGAGUCUUCUGGUGGGGAAUUCGAUGCUGGCUUCACCGGCAUGCUGCUUGAUAGUUCCGAUGACCGGAAUUCUUCAGACGGGUGUGGAGAUUCUAAUUAUAAUGCCGAGGGUGGCAGCUGCGUGGAAGAGGAUUGGGAGGAAGGGGACGAGAACAAGAACUAUUGGAACAGAAUUCUUAACUUGGUGAACUCGGCGUCCCCCUCGAGUUCCCCGCCCAUGUUCUAGAAAUUAAUGGUGUUAGUAACGAGAUUUGGACCGCGAAAGAAGACUUUCUUGCAGUCCUUCCUCUGUCCUAGUACUGCUCCAAAGAACUUUUUAGCAUGUUUUUCCCAGCUCUGGAAACCAGCCGUUUAGCUCCAGACCACUCCGAGUCCACUCGGUUUGGUUCACGCGCUUCUCCUCCGAGUCUACUCGGUUCGGUGGAAAUUUCUCUCUCCGUCCAAAGUUUAUGCAUGGCUAAGGAAAUCUCUCUGUGAGAAGAAAGAAUAAUGAGUCCAUGGAUUGUCCUGGUUGUUGUGGUGUUGGCUUUUGCUCCAAGGGGAAUCAUAUUAUUUUGAGUAAUAAGAGUGAGAGUUGUUAUAGUGUCAGCUGGUAUUUUCCAUGUUCAUUAGUAGUUUGGCUCGGUGUGUCAUUUUGUGUAAGAACCUUAUGGCGUAUGGUGCGUUCAAAUGAUCAAGUGCUUAAUUUACUUUGUUCAUUGGUUC